AUGGUGUUGAUUCACGAAGAUCUAUGGGAAUUUGUGGAAAAAGAGGUUGACGAGAAAAAAUCCGAAGAUGUGAAGAAAAGCCAGAAAGCGCUCGCACGCAUUGCAUUAUCCGUGCAAUCGACGGCCUUCGUGCACAUAAGGAACGUGACCUCGGCACACAAAGCAUGGAAGCAUCUUCAGAAUGCUUAUGAGUAUAAGGGAUUAUGUCGGAGACUAGGCCUGUUGCGAACUUUGUUUAGCACAAAGUUGACGGAAUAUCAAAGUAUGGAAAAAUAUGUCAACAGAAUCACGAACGUCGCACAACAAUUACAAGAUAUCGAUGCAAAGUUGGAUGAUGACUUUGUUGCGGUAAUCAUGCUGAGCGGACUUCCUGAGGACUACGACCCGCUGAUCAUGGCAAUUGAGAACUCAGACCUCAAGUUGACUAGCGAAGUUGUAUCGGCGAAGUUGCUGCAGGAGACGUUGCGACGUGAGGACAGCAAACGCGACGGAGAUGGAGUUACAGCUCUGGCGGCUGCGAGGAAGCCUCCCAGGUGUUUUGCUUGUAAAAAGAUGCGACAUAUCAAGAAAGAUUGUCCGACGUUGAACAAAAAGAAAAGUAGCAAGGUGAUGUCAUCGUCAAAGGUUCUGCUCACGGCGCUGUCGGUGAACGUUGAAAGUGAUCUUUGGUACGUGGACAGUGGGUCGGCAAGUCAUCUUUGUCGAGAUGUGAACAUGAUGAGUGACAUGAAGUCAGAUAAAUCGUUGCAAGUGACUGUGGCUAACGGAGAUAAACUAUUUACGGCUGGUAGAGGCAAUGUUAACGUGGAACAACGUGAUGGCAAUGUAAAGACUAUAAGUGACGUGUAUUAUGUACCUAACUUAGCAGCUAACUUAUUGUCAGUAAGUUCCAUGGCUAAAAAAGGCUAUAAGGUAGUAUUCGACUCCAUCGGUUGUGAAAUUUUGGAUAAUGGGGUUAUUGCCGCAAUGGCUACUUUGAAAAAUGACGUGUAUAUCCUUGACACUGUUGAGGCUUGUUCGAAGGUUCCUUUACAGAACAAACAGGUGGCCAACGCAGCAGUGGAGGAGGAGCGUGCGGUUUCUAGCGACGAAACUGUCUCUGCAGCUUCAGAGAAAGUUUGGCAUCGUCGUCUUUCGCAUCUCAACAGGAGAAGCAUGGAACUUUUAAGAAAAGGCAUACCUCAGGAGCAAUGGCAUCGUGCAUCAAACAACAGUUCCUGGCUGCGCUGCCCAGAACGGGGUCGCGGAGCGCGCGAACAGGACAGUGAUGCAGGCGGCAAGGUGCAUGCUACAAGAUGCAGGCCUGAGCAACGAAUUUUGGGCGGAAGCUGUCAACACGGCAGUCUACGUUAAGAACCGUUGUCCUACGAAAGCUGUACUGGGGAGCACUCCUGAAGAAAAGUGGAGUGGCAAAAAGGUAUCACUGAGUCAUUUACGUAUCUUUGGUUCUGUGGCUUAUGCUAUGACUUCAAAGCGUUCGAAAUUAGAUCCGAAAUGCAAAAAGUACAUUUUUGUUGGGUAUUGUGAGCAUACAAA